AUGUCGGGGACUGAUGCUCAAAAUCCUCUUCUUGAUGAAAGCACCUGCAGUUCCUUGUUACAUAAGCUUCAGGAAAUAUGGGAUGAGGUUGGUGUGAGUGAUGAGGAGCGAGACAAGAUGCUCCUUCAGAUAGAACAAGAGUGCUUGGAUGUGUACAAAAGAAAGGUCGAGCUGGCCACUAAGUCAAGGGCACAGCUACUUCAAUCCUUGUCUGAUGCAAAGCUUGAGUUGUCUAGUCUUUCAUCGGUUCUUGGUGAGAACAUUUCCACAGGAAUGCCUGACAAGACUUCAGAUACUAUUAAGGAACAACUUGCAGCCAUAGCACCAAUACUUGAACAGUUAUGGCAACAAAAAGAGGAAAGAGUAAAGGAGUUUUCAGAUGUACAGUUACAGAUCGAACAAAUAUGUAGAGACAUAACUGGGGACCUGAACCCUGAUCAGACUGGAUCAGGAUCAUUUACAGUUAAUGAGUCUGACCUGUCCUUGAAGAAGUUGGAUGAAUAUCAAUCCCAACUCCAAGAACUUCAACGGGAAAAGGUAACUUUUCUAUAUCAUCUAAUAAUGUGUCGGGUUCUAGAAUAUGUGAGUACUGUGCAUGAUCUUUGUGCUGUCCUUGGCAUGGACUUCUUCAGUAUUGUGACUGAAGUUCAUCCAAGCUUAAAUGAUGCUAUUGGUGUUCAUUCGAAAAGCAUAAGCAAUGGCACACUAGCUAUGUUGGCUAAGACAGUCUCUACACUGAAAGAAGAUAAAAAGCAGCGGCUACACAAGCUUCAAGAAUUAGCUUCUCAGUUGAUUGAUCUGUGGAAUCUAAUGGAUACCCCUAUAGAGGAAAGGAGACUAUUUGACUAUGUUACUUGUAAUAUCUCAGCUUCUGGAGAUGAAGUCAGUGUUCCCGGGGCCCUUGCUCUGGAUUUGAUUGAGCAGGCUGAAGUGGAAGUUGAAAGGCUUGAUCAGCUGAAAGCCAGCAAGAUGAAAGAAAUUGCUUUCAAGAAGCAAGACGAGCUUGAAGAGAUAUAUGCCCGGGCUCAUGUAGAAAUAAACCCUGAAGCUGCUCGAGGGAAUAUUUUAUCAUCGAUUGACUCUGGAAACAUUGAACCUUCUGAAUUACUGGCUGACAUGGACAAACAGAUAGCUUCAGCAAAAGAAGAAGCUUUAAGCCGAAAAGAAAUAUUGGACAAGGUGGAGAAAUGGAUGUCAGCAUGUGAAGAAGAGAGUUGGCUUGAAGACUAUAAUCGAGAUGAAAAUAGGUAUAGUGCAAGUAGAGGUGCACACUUAAACCUCAAACGUGCAGAGAAAGCUCGGAUACUGGUCAGCAAAAUUCCAGCUUUGGUUGAUACAUUGAUUGCUAAAACUCGCGCUUGGGAAGAAGUACAUGACAUGUCAUUCACAUAUGAUGGUGUUUCUCUCCUUGCUAUGUUGGAUGAAUAUGCCAUGCUCAGGCAUGAUCGAGAAGAGGAAAAACGAAGGAUGAGGGACCAGAAAAAGUACAUUGAGCAGCAAACUACAGAUCAUGACUCUGUGUUUGGCUCAAGACCAAGCCCUGCAAGGCCACUUGGCAUCAAGAAGGUAGUUGGCCCUCGUCUCACCGGAGGAGGACCAAACGGUGCUCCGAUUCGCCGGCUAUCUCUUAAUGCUCAUCAUAAUGGAAGCAGGUCUACAACAAAAGAUGGAAAAAGGGAUAAUACUAGACCAGUUGCUCCUCUUAACUAUGUAUCAAUAUCGAAAGAAGAUGUCUCUUCCCAUGUUUCUGGUGCUGAACCAGUCCCAACAUCACCCUAG